UCUGCCUUCUUCCCCCACCGCAAAACCACCAGUCCACCACCUCUCCGGCGCUCGCCGCCGCUACCCGUCACCGUGCACCUCGGCCGCCGCCGCCGCCGCCACACUGUUUGUUCGCGCGCAAACAGCUUUCGUACCGUCCACGGCCAUCCGCUUCUUCUCCAAGCGGUGGUGUCCCGCUGCACUCGCCUCUCACCGGCACCGAGGGUUCGAUCAGGUGCGGAGACACUGAAGGGAGGAGGCGAACCGCAAAUAUGGCGGAUUUCCGGACCUCCUCGCAUCGGGAGAGGUGGAUCUUCCAGCCGCACGAUCUGACGGAGAGGUGGGCGGCGGCAAACCAACGGGCCGCGGAGACCCUCGCGCAGUAUGGGACGACGCGGCUGAAGGUGGGCCCGCUUGAUGGCUCGGUCCAUUCGCCGGAUCAUGUUGAGGGUAGCUCGGAUGUAAAGCCUCUGUCUUAUGAAGAGGAGCAAUUGGCACGAGUAUUUUACGAGCAGAAGAUUCAAGAAGUAUGUGCAGCAUUCAAAUUCCCUCACAAAAUCCAGGCUACAGCUAUAAUAUAUUUCAAGAGAUUCUAUCUACAGUGGUCUGUUAUGGAGCAUCACCCAAAGCAUAUUAUGUUAACAUGUGUAUACACUUCUUGCAAAGUGGAAGAAAACCAUGUUUCUGCUGAGGAACUUGGUAAAGGAAUUCAGCAGGACCACCAGAUCAUUCUAGAUAAUGAGAUGAUCCUUCUUAAGACCUUAGAUUUUGAUCUCAUUGUUUAUGCACCAUAUCGAUCUAUUGAAGGAUUUGUUGAUGACCUGGAAGGUUUCUGCAGGCAAGAUAACAGUGCAUUACAGCGUUUGAAGGAGUUGCAUCAAACCGCGAUAUCCUAUGCUGACAAAAUGAUGUUAACCGAUGCUCCUCUUCUCUAUACUCCAGGGCAGUUGGCACUGGCUGCUUUGCACAAGUCCAAUGAUAUUCUCAAGGUCUUCAAUUUUGAAAGAUACUUGGAAACUAUCUUCUCAAGGCAACAUUCUGAUUGUACAGUCGAACAGUUUGUUCAGUCAAUCAAAUCAAUCCAUUACUUGGUUGACCAGCUUAAAAUACCUACUGUUAAGGAUAUGAGGCACGUUGACCGCAAGCUGAAACAUUGUUGGGAUCGAAGCUCGCAUGAUGAGCACAAGAAGAAAGAGAAAAAGUCAAAACACAAAUUGAAAAGGACAUCAACUGAUGCCCAGCUCAACGGCUAGAGAUCAUAUGGUCGAGCAGUGCCCUUGUGUAAAAAUCAAUUAUAAGAAUGCAGUGGUGAGGACUUCUACUACUCCAUCUACUUUGUUGUUUACUUGUAUGCUACCACAUCAACGAGUGGAGUAGCUUCAUCUUAUUCAAGGUCCCCCAAAUGAUUGAAAUUGAACUCAGGCUAUGACACGUCUCUUUCCGCACCAGCUGUUACAGUUGUACCUGAGGACUAGCAAUUUUUUGACGAGGCGAUAUCAUAACUUAUUCCUUGAUGUAGAGGGAGAGUUGCAGCAAGAUACAAACCAAGAGGUGUAACAUUCUCUGUCUAUCGCUAUGAAUGGAAAACUGGAAUUGGUAUAGCCACUAUUACUUGAAUUUCUUCUUUGUGGCUGUACCAUCAUUAUGCUGAACACCGAAAUCCAUGAUGGCCUGUGGUUGUGAAUCAUCUGGAACUAACUGUGAUUUUGAAUCUGAAUUGAGUAUGUGCGAACAGCUUAUCAUGGAAGACUCUUCAAAA